UUUUUCUUCAUUAUUGUACCACAGUCGAGGGUUGCACCGACGGGAGGAAGAUGAGGUGGAAAUUACUGUAUAUAGGUGUCUUGGGACUUAUUUUAAUGUCGGCAGGGUUAUGUGCGGCCCAAGAAGGUGAAGAUGAAGAUGUUACUGUUGAAGAAAGUGUAGGCAAAAGUCGUGAAGGUUCCAGAACAGAUGAUGAAGUUGUUCAGAGGGAAGAAGAGGCCAUACAAUUGGAUGGGUUGAAUGUGGCACAGAUGAAAGAGCUUCGUGAGAAGGCCGAGAAACAUGCAUUCCAGGCAGAGGUUAACAGAAUGAUGAAACUCAUCAUUAACUCUCUGUACAAGAAUAAGGAGAUUUUCCUCAGGGAAUUGAUUUCCAAUGCCUCCGAUGCUUUGGAUAAGAUUCGAUUUAUGAGUCUUACAGACAAAGAUGCUUUGUCUGCUACAGAGGAACUCAGUAUCAAAAUUAAGAUAGACAAAGACAAUCAUGUCCUCCAUGUAACAGAUACUGGUAUUGGUAUGACGAAAGCUGAUCUUGUAAACAACCUUGGAACCAUUGCCAAAUCUGGUACCAGCGAGUUCUUAAAACAUCUCGGGGAGGCCUCAUCGGCAACUGAGAUGAACGAUCUCAUUGGACAAUUUGGUGUGGGAUUCUACUCUUCUUUCCUUGUUGCUGACCGUAUCAUUGUCACUUCCAAACAUAAUGACGAUGACCAACACAUUUGGGAAUCUGACUCUGAGUCAUUCUCCGUCACCAAGGACCCUCGCGGAAACACACUUGCACGUGGUACUACGAUUACUCUUCACAUGAAGGAGGAGGCAAAUGAUUUCUUGGAGGAAUCCACCUUGAAAGAUCUCAUCCGCAAAUACAGCCAGUUCAUCAACUUCAACAUCUACCUAUGGACCAGCAAGACCGAGGAGGUUGAAGAACCCAUUGAUGAGGAGGAGGCUAAAGAAGAGGCUGCAGAGGAGGACAAAGAUGAAGAAAAAGAUGAAGAUGAGGAUGAUGAUGAAGGAAAGGUAGAAGAAGAAAAGGAUGAAGAGAAGCCAAAGACAAAGAAAGUUUCGAAGACUGUGUGGGAUUGGGAACUGAUGAACAGUGUUAAGCCCAUCUGGACCAGGAAAUCUGCCGAUAUCACAGAUGACGAAUAUACAGAAUUUUACAAGUCCAUCAGUAAAGAUCAUGAUGAUCCAUUGGCCAAAGUCCACUUCACUGCUGAGGGCGAAGUCACCUUCAAGUCCAUUCUCUAUGUACCAAAAACAGCUGCUCCCGACUUGUUCCAGAACUAUGGCAAAAGCACUGACCACAUCAAGAUGUAUGUAAGAAGAGUAUUCAUCACUGAUGAUUUUGAAGACAUGAUGCCCAAAUACUUAUCAUUUGUGAGGGGUGUGGUUGACUCUGAUGACCUUCCAUUAAAUGUAUCCCGUGAGACCCUACAACAACACAAACUCCUCAAGGUUAUCAAGAAGAAACUAGUCAGAAAGACGCUCGACAUGAUCAAGAAAAUCGAUAAAGAUGAUUAUGAAAAGUUCUGGAAAGAAUACAGCACCAGCAUCAAACUUGGAGUCAUUGAGGAUCACUCCAACAGAACUCGUCUGGCCAAGCUUCUGAGAUUUGCUUCCUCCAACUCUGAAACUGAAAAUACAAGUCUGGCUGACUAUCUGGAGAGAAUGAAAGAAAAACAGGAAUCUAUUUACUUCAUGGCAGGAACAAGCAGGAAAGAGCUUGAACAGUCUCCAUUUGUUGAAAGACUUUUGAAGAAGGGAUAUGAAGUCCUCUACCUUAUUGAGCCCGUUGAUGAGUAUUGCAUACAGUCUUUGCCUGAAUUUGACGGCAAGAAAUUCCAGAAUGUCGCCAAGGAGGGUCUGAAACUCGAUGGGGAUAGCGAGAAGGCAAAGGAAACUAAAGAUGAACUCCAGAAGGAGUAUGAACCUUUGACCACCUGGCUGAAGGAUGAGGGACUCAAGGACUUAAUCGAGAAGGCUACCAUCUCUGAGAGAUUGAGCCAGUCACCAUGUGCACUUGUUGCUAGCCAGUACGGCUGGUCAGGUAACAUGGAGAGGAUCAUGAAAUCUCAGGCAUAUGCCAAAGCCAAGGAUCCAACUUCUGAGUACUAUGCAACACAGAAGAAAACCCUGGAAAUCAAUCCUGGCCAUCCCCUCAUCAAAGACCUUAAGGCUAAAGUGGAAGCUGAGGAUGCUGGGGCUAAAGAUCUUGCUCUAAUUCUGUAUGAUACUGCCACUCUCCGCUCUGGUUUCGCCAUCAAGGACUCUGCAACAUUUGCCCAAAGAAUUGAGGCAAUGUUGAGAACAUCUCUGGACAUUCCAAUGGAUGCUGCGGUGGAUGAGUUGCCAGAUUUUGAAGAAGAGGCUGCUGCUGAAGAUGAAGAAACAGAAGAAGUGAGCAGUGAAGAUGGAGAUCAGGAUACGUGUUCGAACUGCCACAGACGGAAAUUAUUGUGGUUUGGGCAAGAUGCAGAAAAAGAUAGCGACGGCGACGGAAUACCAGACAGCGAAGACAAUGACGACGAUAAUGAUGGUAUUCCAGAUUCACAAGAUAACGACGACGAUGGAGACGGAAAACCAGACAGCGAGGAAGAAUACUGUGACAAAGAUGGAGGAUGCAAAGGAAUGAAAGAUUCGGAUGGCGAUGGCAUCCCAGAUCAUCUUGACGAUGACGAUGACGGAGAUGGAAUUCCGGACGACAAAGAAAAGGAUACAGAUGGUGAUGGUAUUCCAGAUUAUCUUGAUGAUGAUGAUGAUGGCGACGGCAUUCCAGAUGACAAGGAACUUGACACGGAUGGAGACGGCGUACCUGAUUAUCUAGACGAUGACGAUGAUGGCGAUGGAAUACCAGAUUAUUUAGAUGAAGAUGACGAUGGUGACGGAAUACCUGAUAACCUUGAAGAUUCAGAUGGUGAUGGAAUUCCUGAUAGUCUUGAUGACGACGAUGACAAUGAUGGUAUCCCUGAUGACAAAGAAAAAGAUACUGAUGGGGACGGAAUUCCUGAUUAUUUAGAUGAUGACGAUGAUGGCGAUGGGAUUCCAGAUGACAAAGAAAAGGAUACAGAUGGAGACGGUAUUCCCGAUUAUCUCGAUGACGAUGACGAUAAUGAUGGAAUCCCUGAUCACUUAGAUGACGACGAUGACGGCGACGGAAUCCCUGAUGAUCAAGAAGACAGCGAUGGUGAUGGUAUUCCGGAUCAUUUAGAUGAUGACGAUGAUGGCGAUGGUAUUCCUGACGACAAGGAAAAGGAUACUGAUGGUGAUGGUAUUCCUGAUUAUCUCGAUGAUGAUGAUGACGGCGAUGGCAUUCCAGAUCAUUUAGACACCGACGACGACGGCGAUGGAAUUCCAGAUAACCAAGAAGACAGUGAUGGAGAUGGAAUACCAGAUAUUCUCGAUAACGAUGACGAUGGCGAUGGUAUUCCAGAUGAUGAAGAAAUUGAUACCGAUGGAGACGGCAUUCCUGAUCACUUAGACGACGAUGACGACGGAGACGGUAUUCCAGAUAAAGAAGAAGAUAGCGACGGUGAUGGAAUUCCUGAUUACAUCGACGACGAUGACGAUGGCGAUGGAGUACCAGAUGAAAAAGAAAAAGACACAGACGGUGACGGAAUUCCCGAUUAUCUUGAUGACGAUGACGAUAAUGAUGGCAUUCCAGAUCACUUAGAUGAUGACGAUGAUGGUGACGGUAUUCCUGAUAACCAAGAGGACAGUGAUGGUGAUGGAAUUCCUGAUUAUCUUGAUGAUGACGACGAUGGUGAUGGUAUUCCUGAUGAUAAGGAAAAGGAUACAGAUGGUGACGGAAUUCCCGAUUAUCUCGAUGAUGAUGACGAUAAUGAUGGCAUUCCAGAUCACUUAGAUGACGACGAUGACGGCGACGGAAUCCCUGAUGAUCAAGAAGACAGCGAUGGUGAUGGUAUUCCGGAUCAUUUAGAUGAUGACGAUGAUGGUGAUGGUAUUCCUGACGACAAGGAAAAGGAUACGGAUGGUGACGGAAUUCCCGAUUAUCUCGAUGACGAUGACGAUAAUGAUGGAAUCCCCGAUCACUUAGAUGACGACGAUGACGGCGACGGAAUCCCUGAUGAUCAAGAAGACAGCGAUGGUGAUGGUAUUCCGGAUCAUUUAGAUGAUGACGAUGAUGGUGAUGGUAUUCCUGACGACAAGGAAAAGGAUACGGAUGGUGACGGAAUUCCCGAUUAUCUCGAUGACGAUGACGAUAAUGAUGGCAUUCCAGAUCACUUAGAUGACGACGACGACGGCGACGGAAUCCCUGAUGAUCAAGAAGACAGCGAUGGUGAUGGUAUUCCGGAUCAUUUAGAUGAUGACGAUGAUGGUGAUGGUAUUCCUGACGACAAGGAAAAGGAUACGGAUGGUGACGGAAUUCCCGAUUAUCUCGAUGACGAUGACGAUAAUGAUGGCAUUCCAGAUCACUUAGAUGACGACGAUGACGGCGACGGAAUCCCUGAUGAUCAAGAAGACAGCGAUGGUGAUGGUAUUCCGGAUCAUUUAGAUGAUGACGAUGAUGGUGAUGGUAUUCCUGACGACAAGGAAAAGGAUACGGAUGGUGACGGAAUUCCCGAUUAUCUCGAUGACGAUGACGAUAAUGAUGGCAUUCCAGAUCACUUAGAUGACGACGAUGACGGCGACGGAAUCCCUGAUGAUCAAGAAGACAGCGAUGGUGAUGGUAUUCCGGAUCAUUUAGAUGAUGACGAUGAUGGUGAUGGUAUUCCUGACGACAAGGAAAAGGAUACGGAUGGUGACGGAAUUCCCGAUUAUCUCGAUGACGAUGACGAUAAUGAUGGCAUUCCAGAUCACUUAGAUGACGACGAUGACGGCGACGGAAUCCCUGAUGAUCAAGAAGACAGCGAUGGUGAUGGUAUUCCGGAUCAUUUAGAUGAUGACGAUGAUGGUGAUGGUAUUCCAGAUGAUAAAGAGAAGGAUACGGACGGAGAUGGUAUACCCGAUUAUUUAGACGACGAUGAUGAUGGCGAUGGCAUUCCAGAUCAUUUGGAUGAUGAUGAUGACGGAGAUGGAAUAUCAGAUGAUAAGGAAAAAGACACAGAUGGAGACGGCAUCCCUGAUUAUCUCGAUGACGAUGAUGAUGGUGACGGUAUCCCCGACCAUUUAGACAAAGACGAUGACGGAGAUGGUAUCCCAGACAAUGAGGAAGACAGCGACGGUGAUGGCAUCCCUGAUUAUUUAGACGAAGACGACGAUAAUGAUGGUAUUCCUGAUGAUAAGGAAAAGGAUACUGAUGGAGAUGGAAUUCCAGACUACCUUGAUGACGAUGAUGAUGGUGAUGGUAUUCCGGAUCAUUUAGAUGAUGACGAUGAUGGUGAUGGUAUUCCUGAUGAUAAGGAAAAGGAUACUGAUGGAGAUGGAAUUCCAGACUACCUUGAUGACGAUGAUGAUGGUGAUGGUAUUCCCGACCAUUUAGACAAAGAUGACGACGGAGAUGGAAUUCCAGAUGAUCAAGAAGACAGCGAUGGUGAUGGUAUUCCGGAUCAUUUAGAUGAUGACGAUGAUGGUGAUGGUAUUCCUGACGACAAGGAAAAGGAUACAGAUGGUGACGGAAUUCCCGAUUAUCUCGAUGACGAUGACGAUAAUGAUGGAAUCCCCGAUCACUUAGAUGACGACGAUGACGGCGACGGAAUCCCUGAUGAUCAAGAAGACAGCGAUGGUGAUGGUAUUCCGGAUCAUUUAGAUGAUGACGAUGAUGGUAUGGUAUUCCUGACGACAAGGAAAAAGAUACUGAUGAUAGUGAUGGACGGCGAUGGGAUACCCGACCAUUUGGAUGACGAUGAUGACGGUGAUGGCAUUCCCGAUAACCAGGAAGAUAGUGAUGGAGAUGGAAUCCCUGAUUACCUAGACAACGACGAUGAUGGUGAUGGUAUUCCUGAUGAUCAGGAAAAGGACACAGAUGGUGACGGAAUUCCGGAUUAUCUGGAUGAUGAUGACGAUGGCGAUGGCAUACCUGACCAUUUGGAUGAUGAUGAUGAUGGUGAUGGUAUACCUGAUGAUAAGGAGAAGGAUACUGAUGGGGAUGGUAUUCCCGACUAUCUUGAUGAUGAUGAUGAUGGUGAUGGAAUUCCAGAUCACCUGGAUAAUGAUGAUGAUGGAGAUGGCAUUGAUGAUGACAAAGAAAAAGAUACAGAUGGCGAUGGCAUUCCAGAUUAUCUUGACGACGAUGACGAUGGAGACGGAGUUCAGGACCAUCUAGAUAAAGACGAUGACGGUGAUGGAAUCCCUGAUGAACAAGAAGAUAGUGAUGGAGAUGGUAUUCCUGAUCACUUAGAUGAUGACGAUGAUGGAGAUGGCAUUACGGAUGAUAAAGACACAGAUACUGAUGGAGAUGGUAUUCCAGAUUAUAUGGACGAUGACGAUGAUGGUGAUGGCAUUCCAGAUCACUUAGAUAACGAUGAUGAUGGAGAUGGUAUCGAUGAUGAUAAAGAGAAGGAUACAGAUGGUGACGGAAUACCAGAUUAUAUUGAUGAUGACGAUGAUGGUGAUGGCAUCCCCGACCACUUAGAUAAUGACGACGAUGGAGAUGGUAUACCUGAUGAUCAAGAAGACAGUGAUGGUGAUGGAAUUCCUGAUUAUUUAGACGACGACGAUGAUAAUGAUGGCAUUCCUGACGACAAAGAAAAAGAUACUGACGGAGAUGGUAUACCAGAUUAUCUCGAUGACGAUGACGACAAUGAUGGAAUUCCUGAUCAUUUUGAUAACGAUGACGAUGGCGAUGGUAUUUCUGAUGACCAAGAGAAAGACACAGAUGGUGAUGGUAUUCCGGAUUAUCUUGAUGAUGACGAUGAUGGUGACGGUAUUCCAGACGAGGAAGAGGAUACUGAUGGAGAUGGUGUACCUGAUCAUUUGGACGAUGAUGAUGAUGGUGACGGUAUUCCUGAUGAUAAAGAGAAGGAUACAGAUGGUGAUGGCAUACCAGAUUAUUUAGAUGAUGACGACGAUAAUGAUGGCAUCCCAGAUCAUUUGGACGAUGAUGAUGAUGGUGAUGGUAUUCCAGAUGAUAAAGAGAAGGAUACGGACGGAGAUGGUAUACCCGAUUAUUUAGACGACGAUGAUGAUGGCGAUGGCAUUCCAGAUCAUUUGGAUGAUGAUGAUGACGGAGAUGGAAUAUCAGAUGAUAAGGAAAAAGACACAGAUGGAGACGGCAUUCCUGAUUAUCUCGAUGACGAUGAUGAUGGUGACGGUAUCCCCGACCAUUUAGACAAAGACGAUGACGGAGAUGGUAUCCCAGACAAUGAGGAAGACAGCGACGGUGAUGGCAUCCCUGAUUAUUUAGACGAAGACGACGAUAAUGAUGGUAUUCCUGAUGAUAAGGAAAAGGAUACUGAUGGAGAUGGAAUUCCUGAUUACCUAGAUGAUGAUGAUGAUGGUGAUGGUAUUCCCGACCAUUUAGACAAAGAUGACGACGGAGAUGGAAUUCCAGAUAAUCAAGAGGACAGUGAUGGUGACGGAAUACCUGACCAUUUAGAUGAUGAUGAUGAUGGCGAUGGUAUUCCAGACUAUAAAGAAAAAGAUACUGACGGAGACGGAAUUCCAGACUACCUCGAUGAUGACGAUGACGGCGAUGGUAUUCCUGAUGAAUUAGACGACGAUGAUGACGGUGAUGGUAUUCCUGAUGAUAAAGAAAAGGAUACAGAUGGAGACGGCAUCCCUGAUUAUCUCGAUGACGACGAUGAUGGUGACGGAAUUCCCGACCAUUUGGAUGACGACGAUGACGGAGAUGGAAUUCCAGAUAAUCAAGAAGACAGUGACGGUGAUGGGAUUCCUGACUAUUUAGACGAUGAUGACGACAAUGAUGGUAUUCCUGACGACAAGGAAAAAGAUACAGAUGGAGACGGCAUCCCUGAUUAUCUCGAUGACGAUGAUGAUGGUGACGGAAUUCCCGACCAUUUGGACGACGAUGCCGACGGAGAUGGUAUUCCAGACGACAAAGAAAAAGAUACUGAUGGUGAUGGCAUACCAGAUUACUUAGACGACGACGAUGAUGGUGAUGGAAUUCCUGAUAAUUUAGACAACGACGAUGACGGCGAUGGAAUUCCAGACAACCAGGAGGAUAGUGAUGGGGACGGUAUUCCUGAUCAUCUAGAUAAUGAUGAUGACGGCGAUGGUAUACCAGAUGAUAAAGAAAAAGAUACUGACGGAGACGGAAUUCCUGAUUACUUAGACGAUGACGAUGACGGCGAUGGUAUUCCUGACCACUUAGAUGACGAUGCUGAUGGCGAUGGAAUUCCCGAUGAUAAAGAAAUUGACAGCGAUGGUGAUGGUAUCCCAGAUUAUCUAGACGAUGAUGAUGAUAAUGACGGCAUCCCUGAUCAUUUAGAUUCCGAUUCUGACGGAGAUGGAAUACCUAACUUUAUGGAAAAAGACACAGAUGGUGAUGGUUUUACCGACUAUUUGGAUUUUGACGAUGAUAAUGACGGAAUACUAGAUGCUUUUGACAACGACGAUGAUGGUGACGGAACUCUAGAUGAUGAUGAGGACAUGGAUGGCGAUGGUAUUCCGGACUAUUUAGAUGCGGACGCUGAUGGCGAUGGAUUUGCAGAUAAGCUACCAGAUUCUGACGGAGAUGGAAUCCCUGAUCACGUGGAUACGGAUGCUGAUGGUGAUGGUGUUCCUGAUAAUCUUGCAGAUUCAGAUGGAGACGGUAUCCCGGAUAUUCUGGACGAUGAUGAUGACAAUGAUGGCAUACCUGAUGAAUUAGACAAUGACGAUGAUAAUGAUGGAAUUCCAGAUGAUAAAGACUCUAAAAAGUGUGGUAAAAAUGGAUGCAAAGGAGUAAAGAAACCCGUAGACGAUGAAGAUGACGACGACGAUGAUGACGAUGACAAUGAUGAGAAAUCACAACAAUCAUUAUUUUCAAAACUAGUAAGUGCAAUUUCAGACUUAAUUUUAUCGAACGAUAAUGAAGAACAGAAAUCCGAAAGCGUUCGAAAUUUACCAAGUCCGUCCAGGAAGAAAGACCAAGGAAAUACUAAAGAUCACGAACAAGAAAUUGACUUAUUAGAUUUAUUUUUCGGUGUAGAAGAAGAUGGAAAGGACAGUAGUGAAAAUGAUUCCAGUGAUGAUAAAAAACGAUCUGUUGGAGCGUAACUCAGUUAGAUUACUAGCUUACAUACCUAAAUAAAUUUUAUUUUGUCCUCUCUUAAAUAAUUGCAAAAGGAUAAAGCAACUUUUUCGCUCAAGUAGCCCAACACUAUGAAAAAUGAUAUUCUGUUUAUAAAAUAUGAAAUAAGGAGUAAUAGAUUUGAUCUCUAUCUAUAUUGACAAAAAUAUAUACAAGUAUGAAAAUGAUGUAAUUUUCGCUCGUCAUAAAACAUGUAAAAAAUGAACAAAGUUGAAAUUGAUUUAUCAGUAUCUAAAGUGAAACGAUAUUUUAUAUUUAUGAUAAUAUUUUGAACAUGUUAUUAUUGAUUGUAUGAUGGAUGAUUUUUAUUAUUUAUAUAUUGUUUAAUGUUACUUGUAUAUGUAUUACAUAAUCGCUACAUUAGGUCGUAUCAUGUCUUACAUAACUAUCUCUUAAUACAAAUAUAUAUAACUACACAUCUUUAAAUCUUUGAUAGAAUUUCACGAAUAUCAUCAUCAGGCCUGUGGAUGUGUUAGAGCUGAUUUAGAAUGCAAUAAAACUCCAGUUUCUAGUUUGUACGUCUAAUUAAUUAAACUUUUAUUCUUUUCGUUUUGUUUAUCAUUAAACAUAGUUCAAUCAAUUCUGAAUUUCAUAUCAAAAUAUUUUUAUGCAGGUUUUAUUGGAAGGUUAGUUUAUUUCUUAUCCUAUAAAUACACACUUUUAAAGCGUGUAAAAUUGUCCGUAUGGCGAAAGUUAUGUACAAUUUUUAUCUAGCUGUCAUUUACUUUAUAUUCUUGAUUGUUUCAGUAGACAUAGGAAUAUAGGCUUGAUGUGGCGUUGUGUAUUUUUGUUUUGUUUUUUUGUUUGUGAAGUAAAUAUUUACCAUACAGUACAUCAUAUAUUCCUUAUAUAGCCAAAUGCGAUUCACUGUUGUCAUACAUUCCUCGGUACGUCAUUGAUGAGAGAGUCCAUGGAACAUCGUCGUUCAAUAUUUAGAAAAGAACCCUUCUGAAUAGGAAAAUAUUUUUUUAAGUUAUAAUAAAUACCUGUUGACAGUUCACUAUCCUAAUUAUUCAUAAAUGCGUAAUGUAAAUGUAUAUUUAUAUAUAUGCAAAAGUAUUACAAAGCGGUUAUGUCACAGACUCCAAGGUUAAUGUACUCUUAGCGUUGUAUAUGUAUUAGCGAUUCAUAAGAAGGUUGGUCGAAUUGUGCUGUCGUAUUUUAUUCUAAAAAAAUUCUAGAAGCUAAUGUUAUAUAUGGCAUAUAUAUAUAUUUCAUGUAAAACGGUGUAUGCUUAGGAAAUAUAAUAAUUCGUUAUGUAAUAUGUAUGAAUGUUACACCAAAUAAUAAAUUAUCAUAGUAAUAUUACAGAUUUCUAUUACAAAUGUAAAAUAAGAGACAUAUGCCGGUAUGGACAUUACCUUUGUGUUAAGAACAUAAGAUAUUAUGAUUCUCUAGCUUUAAAACCACGAUUUGUUUACCACAGUAUUAGUGUAUUUUUUUGUUUUGAUAUUUCUGGUACUUUCAUGUAAGGCAUUUUGUUACAAGUCUUUAUAGAUUAAGUUCCAACAAACAAUUUGUGUGUUAUCAAUAUUCACGUCGACUUGUGAUCAUAACAACACUGCUCAAAUAAAAAGUCUUCCAAAAUUUCACAUGACCUUUGAAUUAGCAGCGCCAACUCAAGAAGUUAAUAUCGCUUUGUUCUGAUGUUUACAAUAUCUAUGCAAAAUAUUCUCAAAAUAUGAGAUGUCUGAAAAUCAAAGAAACAUGUUUCUUUACUUUAAUCGUAACAGCUGUAUCCCAAUCAUGUUUUCCCAUUAUUUGCCAUAUAGUAGAACCUCAUUAUCUCGAACGCAUACAAAUCGGAAACCCCUAUUAAUUCGAAGUAUUUCGUCAGGCCCGGCCAGACUUUUCCGAUCACUCGAUCUCACUUAAAUCGAAUACUCGGAUAUUUCGAAGUUUUCCAACGGUCCCGGGCGAAAUAAAGAAGUUCGACUAUAUUUGGCAAUUAGGUAUUCUCCAGUUUUACAGAAAUUCAUGUUUCCAUAUCUGAAUUUGCAAUAUAUUAUAUUAAUAUAAUAUCCUCAUAUGAUGAUUGCACAGUUGUUUAUCUUUUUACUGAAUGCUGUUGUGGAAGUAUAUGUUAUGUAUGUUAAUUUUCUGUGUAUGAUUUAUGGAGUUUUUCGAUGUUUUAAGUUUCCUAAUAAACUAGUUUUCAUUGUUAUAUCAUCAUGUGAUUGGUGUUGAACAUGUCCAUGUCGCAGAUGGCUUAUUUGUGGGUCUAAAUGUACUCUCAUUUUUAUCUCCUAGCCAAAACGUAGGAAAAACCACUUUCAUCUCAGUCGAAAAAAGACUAAUCUUGAUCUUUUCACGCUUGAAACAUGGAGAUUUUAGUUCAUAAAAUCAAGAUCUACAAUGACAAAAAUCAAUCCGUGUACAACAUUGAGUAGAAAAUCACGAUCCAAGGAUAGCCUAUAUACUAAGAUAUAUAUAUGAGGCUUAAUUAAAAAAGUUUACCUUCCUUCAAAUUUAUAAAACUUAUAAAUCGUUAAAUCAUCGUUAUAAUAUAUAAUCUCGAAGCAUCUCUUUUGUUUGGAUUUUGCCAUUCCUUGAUUCCAGAUGUUCUAUAACAAUUCUUUAAGAUUGAAAUCCUAGAGCAACGUGUGAGCGUUGAAUGUUCCUUACUUUUCACCAAACGAAUGUACUCUACAUGUAAGGGGUUUGAAACGUCUAUAAAUACAUGCUUAUUACUAUUAUUACAAUCAAGCAUUAGUCAAAUACGUUAGAUCAUUACCUGGAGUGUAGAAUUUUAUUCUGAUCCAUUUCAGCCAAGUCAAUAAAACACUGAGAUGAAUUA